AUGGAUCCCCUCUCCAUUGCGGGGGCCUGCGUCAGCGCUCUCAGCGCCGUCACCAAGCUGUCGUUGCAGAUUAACGGGUUCGUCUCCAGCGUGCGCGCGGCCCGACGGGACAUGGACGCCGUUUCGCGGGAGCUGGUCUCGCUGACCAGCUGCCUGACGGCGCUACGGGACGACGCGCAGAAGAAAGUUAGCUUCCCAGCGACGCUGCGCGAGGUGGUGGCCAGCUGCGAGCAGAUCGCCGAGGAGAUGGCGGCGCAUCUCGACAAGUUGAACGCCCGGAAGAAAGCGUCAGCGGCGGUGCGGUGGACGGUGGGCGAACGGGACCACAUGAACAAGCUCCGGUCAAGCUUGGAGAGCCACAAGUCGUGUAUCGACAUUGCGCUGGAGAUGGUAUCAAUUCAAAUCCUCUCCAACAUCGACGACAAUCUGGACGAGGUCAAGACCGAGACCGUCGCCAUCCACGAAGACACGACCGAGAUCAAGCAGGACACGAAACAGAUCGCGAGCCUGAUCCAGGAGAUCGGCUUCCUCCGGCUGCAGGUGGCCAACCUCAAGCAGGAAAAGGACAACGUGGUCCUGCGGCGGUUUCUGGACGAGUCGACCUCGUACGCGGAGUCGUCGGUCGAUCCACAGGAUCUGCAGUCGGUGCAGCCGAGGCGACAGCAGCAGAAGGUCAUGGACACUAAUACAGCUAUCAUCGACCAAACCGGCGCUUAUGACGGUAGGGCUUCGGCAAGCAGGAAUUAUUCUAGAGACAAUGGUGCGUCGGAUACCGAUGAUACCGAUGAUACCGAUGAAGGCCAUGAAGAUGAUGAAGAUUCCGGUGGUGGGGGGCAGCAAACACCUGCGUCGCCGUCUGCACCAGUCCACACCAAGAAAUCUCUGUUUACGAAAAAGUUCGUGUCUGCAUCCAGGGCCAAGAAGGAGGAGGAGAAGGAGGGGGAGGAAGAAGAAGAAGAAGAGGAGGAGGAGGAGGAGGAGGAUGAGGAGGAGAAGGAAGAUAUCUACGGUCCCUUCCGAGAUCUCUCGCCGUUUGGUGGUGAUAAUCUCACGCCCGCAUCUGAACCAAAGCGAUUUCCGUGUCCGCCUUCUCCCACCUCCUCCGCGUCCAAAGCGCCCACCCUCUCCAGGCCUUAUCACAAGCAGCACCCCAUCUGUAUCAAGAUCAAAAUGGGUAGUACCACCACCACCAUCACCACCAUCACCAUUACCACCAUCACCAUUACCACCACCACGACAGCGGCCGCCGCCGCCGCCGCCGCCAAAACUCAGUGGCACAGCGAACAACAAUAG